AUGGCCGACGUCGGGCAGUUUCCUGGCGGCCGCGACGCGCUCCUUGCGAUGGGCUUUGCGCUCGUCCAGCAAGACGGCGUUGGCGUCUACCUAAUGGAGGAGCCCGAUCUCGCCGCCGACUUGGACAAGUGGAGCGACUGGUUCGAUACACUCAAGGUCAUGCGCGACCACGUCGAGAACAUGCUGGCGCAGCCGCUUCCGUCAGUUUAUCCGUCGUAA